GCAUCUACACAUAUUCUGUGCGCGUGCAUUGACUACGUCCCUCUCCCCAUGCCGGCGUAUUGAUCCACUAUUUAACGUAAAGCAUUGGAGACAUAAUUCAAAAAUAUAUCUUCUGCAAUUCAACGCUAUGGAAAAUGUUAAUUUCAGAACCCAAAUUUUAAGCGGGCACCUUCAAAACCACCGCCGUGCAACCACCGCCACAAUUUCCGCCUCACCAUGCGUCAGCUACGUGCCACCGGAAGUUACCGAACAACCCUUUUCGUUCGACGUGACUUCAAUGAGGAAACUGAUGGAUGGGCACAAUUUGGGUGACAGGGACUGGCUUUUUAAUCUCAUGAUACAGAGUGAACUUUUCAAUCCAAGGCUAAGGGGUGGCAAAGUAUUUGUGGCGCCGGAUUAUAAUCACUCCAUGGAGCAGCAAAGAAAGAUGACUAUGAAGAGAAUUGAGUAUUUAGUGGAUCGUGGGGUGUUCAAGGGGUGGUUAACAGGUAAAGGACCUGAAGCUGAGAUGAGAAAGUUUGCUCUUUUGGAGGUUACUGAGAUUUUUGAUUAUGCUCUUGCUAUCAAGAUUGGCGUGCACUUCUUAUUGUGGGGUGGUGCAAUCCAGUUUUUUGGCACAAAGCGACAUCACGAUAAGUGGUUGAGUGCUACAGAAAAUUACUUGAUUAAAGGAUGCUUUGCCAUGACAGAAUUGGGGCAUGGAAGCAAUGUUCAAGGCAUUGAAACAACGGCAACUUAUGAGGCAAAAACGGGAGAGUUUGUAAUCAACACUCCAUCUGAAUCAGCUCAAAAGUACUGGAUUGGUGCUGCAGCUAACGAUGCGACACAUGCAGUAAUUUUCGCUCAGCUGAAUAUUGACGGAAAAAAUCAAGGCGUCCAUACUUUUAUCGCCCAGAUCAGAGAUGAAAAUGGUAACAUCUGUCCCAAUAUUCGGAUUGCUGAUUGUGGUCAUAAGAUUGGUUUAAAUGGCGUUGACAACGGUCGAAUCUGGUUUGACAAUCUUCGCAUUCCUAGAGAAAAUAUAUUGAACUCAGUUGCUGAUGUUUCUCCCAGUGGAAAAUAUUUGAGUGCAAUAAAGGACCCAGACCAGAGAUUUGCUGCGUUCCUGGCUCCUUUGACAUCUGGACGAGUAGCUAUCGCAGUUAGUGCAGUGUACUCUGUGAAGAUUAGUUUAGCAAUCGCCAUAAGAUAUGCAUUGACAAGGAGAGCAUUUUCAAUCACAGCAAAUGGUCCUGAACUCCUUUUGCUUGAUUACCCCAGUCAUCAGCGCCGCCUCUUGCCUCUUCUUGCCAAGACGUAUGCUAUGAGCUUUGCUGGUAACUACUUGAAACUGUUGUACUUGAAGAGGAGUCCUCAAUUGAUGAAAACCAUCCAUGUUGUAUCCAGUGCAUUCAAGGCCGCUCUGACUCGGCAUAACCUCCGAACUCUUCAGGAAUGCCGUGAAGCCUGUGGCGGGCAAGGAAUGAAGACAGAAAAUCGAAUUGGCCAACUGAAAUGUGAAUAUGAUGCGCAGCCUACUUUCGAGGGUGAUAACUAUGUUCUUAUGCAACAGGUUUGCAAAGCUCUGCUGGCAGAGUAUGUGGAAGCCAAAAAGAGAAAUAAACCAUUCAAGGAGUUUGGGUUAGAACAUAUGAACAGACCAAGCCCAGUUAUUCCUGCUCAGCUUAUCAGUUCGACCCUGAGGAGCACUCAAUUUCAGAAUGAUAUCUUCUGCCUAAGAGAAAGAGAUUUAUUAAACCGCUUUGCUGCUGAAGUCUCUCAAUACCAAGCACAGGGUGAAAGUAAAGAGUCUGCAUUUAUUGUGAGUUAUCAGGUUGCCGAAGAUUUGGGUAUAGCAUUCUCGGACCGUGCAAUUUUGCAGAGUGCUGUAGAAGCAGAGAAUAAUGUGACAGACGCCUCCCUUAAGAAUAUAUUGGGUCUUCUGAGAUCGCUUAAUGUGCUGGUCACGCUUGAAGAAGACGCUGCGUUUCUCCGAUACGGGUACUUAUCAACAGACAAUGCUGCUGCUGUAAGAAAAGAAGUCGCAAAACUUUGCAGUGAAAUCAGACCACAAGCACUUGCCUUGGUUAGUUCUUUCGGCAUACCAGAUGCUUUCUUGAGCCCUAUUGCCUUUGAUUGGAUUGCUGCAAAUUCUUGGUCCACCGUUGAGAACUAGUUCUCCAUAAACUGUAUCGGUAUAUUAUUUUAGUCCGUGAAUUUCGUCUGGUGAAGGAAGUUAAACAGGCAAUGAAUGCUGGAAUUGGAAGAGAAUUUGAAAGGAAGAUAGAGCUGGACAGUUGAGAAGCCCUGAAAACUGUGUAGAAAACCAGUCUGCUCAAAUUUUGGCUGGUUGUGUUUUAUAUUUUCUUGUAGUAGCAAUAAGUUGGUUAAUAUGUCGUGGGUUUUAGUUUUCUUGUGGUCAUAAUGUGUAAUUGUAUUUGGAGUGUAAAACAGAUGCUUAAAUAAAAAUAACUUGAAAACGUUUUUCAACUCGACCCCUCAGUUGAGUUGAUGCAAUCUCAGCCUCA